UUAACUUUAGGAAAAGGAAGAUAUGGAGAGGUGUGGCGGGGUAUUUGGCAUGGAGAAAGUGUAGCUGUGAAGAUUUUUUUCUCAAAGGAUGAAGCAUCAUGGACCAGAGAAACAGAAAUUUACAGUACAGUACUGCUUCGUCAUGAAAACAUAUUAGGUUUCAUUGGAUCAGACGUCACCUCUCAUAACUCGUGCACACAGCUGUGGUUGGUUACUCACUAUCAUGAACGUGGCUCUCUCUAUGACUAUCUGAACCUAACUGAUCUGACUACGUACCAAAUGCUGAUCAUUCUCUUGUCUGCCAUCUCGGGAAUCGUCCAUCUGCACACAGAGAUUUUUGGUACACAAGGAAAACCGGCCAUUGCUCAUAGGGACAUUAAGACCAAAAACAUUCUUGUGAAAAACAAUGGAACAUGUGUUAUUGCUGACUUUGGACUGGCUGUCACUCACACCCAGGCAACUGGAGUAAUGGACAUUGCUCAUAACUACCGUGUUGGAACAAAACGCUACAUGGCUCCAGAAGUUUUGGAUGAAACACUAAACACUUCAGUUUUUGAGUCUUACAGAAGAGUGGAUAUUUAUACCUUUGGCUUGGUUAUAUGGGAAGUGUGUCGUAAAUGCUUGAGUGAAGGUAUUGCUGAAGAAUAUCGACCUCCUUUCUUUGACAUGGUGCCAUCUGACCCCAGCUUUGAGGACAUGAAGAAAGUUGUUUGCAUUGACCAACAAAGACCAGUUAUCCCAAAUCGCUGGAGCUCAGACCCAAUUUUGUCAGCAAUUUCAAAACUGAUGAAGGAGUGUUGGCAUCAGAACCCAUCAGCCCGUUUGACGGCUUUGAGAGUGAAGAAAUCCCUGAUGAAAAUAGCCAUGUCAGAUCCAAAAAUCCAUUUAGACCUGUAAAAGCAAUGUUAUCUACUUGGUAAAGAACAAAAGAAAAGGCGUCGAACAGAUCCAUUCUGAUAAUGUUACAAUACUGAUGAUUUGUUACCGUGAGAAAAAUCAUUUUAACACCAUAAUCCUAAUCUAAGGAUGGUACUAACAGAAUUACCAUUGCAACAGAACUGUGUCUUUGUGAAAGUAAUAUAAAUGUGUGUUAUAUGUAAUCUCUAUGAUUGUAUGUAAAUACUUCGAUGUGUUUUCAUCUCUAGCAAAAAUUCAAAUGAUAUGAAAGGCAUUAAUGUCCUGAUAAAGCGAAACAGUGUGAUGGAAUUGUAACCCCAAAAUAUAUUCAUGUUAUAUCCACAGGGCUAAGGAAUUUCUAAUUCAUCAAGGGUGGUGUUAGUGUUCAAAUCUUGAAAUUACCAGUGAAUAGGUUAUCCCAAGUGAAAGAAAAUGCUUUCAUUUCAUUUUUAAGUUUAUCAUACUAAUGCUAAGCUAAGUUGUCUGGAUAAUAUUCAGAAAACAAAAUGAAUAUUAUUGAAAAUUCAUUAAGUAAAAAUUUCAUAGAUGUAUUGUACUCAUUGAAAGCUAUGAACAUUGUCAUAACUUCUGUAGACUUCUCUAUUCAAGAUUUCAUUUAGUGGUGGCUGUGAAUAAAGUGUUUUCAAAUAGGAAGAUAACUCAUCGACUUAUGUGCAGGAAUUGUGAAGUGUUAUAAUGGAAGAAAACACCUAAUGUUCAAAGUGAAUGACUGAAUUAAAAUACUGCAUACAUGAAUUUUAAACUGAAAACAAAGUAGUGACUAUAUACAUUAGUAUAGCUUCAAUAUCUAUAUUAAAACUGCUUUAAGAAAGUGUUGGAAAUUUGUUUACAAAUAAUGUACCUAUUUGUCUUGUGCUUAUUAAUAUGACAACGAAGGAACAAUAGAAACAUGUAAAAACUAUUAAUAUUUUGUCAUGCAUCUACUCAUACAAUAUUAAAACCAGUACUAUGUUUCUUUCAUGACUUACAGUGUUGGUUUAUGUGUCAUGAGCAUGAAUGCAGCAAAAAAAAAAUUCGUUUUUCUUGCUUUAAUUCUCUGUUAUUUAGUAAAUAUCAUUUGCAUAAGGGGGGGGGGGAGAAAAAUGUUUUUUUUUUUUUACUUUUUCUUGCUUUAAUUCUGUGUCAGUUUACCUUUUUUUGCUGUAAUAUUAUUUUUCUAAUAUUCUAAAAUAUGCAUAAUCCAAAUUAUUUCUGUGUAUUAUUAUCAAGACAGUGUAAAAACUAUGUUUCUACCUCCAGGUGCAAUGUGGUGCUGAAUAUACUUGUAUUAGCUCUACAAACAGUUUUCAAAAUGUCUGAAGUGCCACUACUUUUGCACCAUUUGUUUGUGUGUAUAUGCAUAUAAAAUGAGAUAGAAUAGCAGUUGUUUGCUUCCAGAAGUAUUUAUAUAAAAACUAAUCAGUCUCUCAUCAGUAUUGAAAGUAUUUCAGUAACCAUUUUUACCUUUUACACACAAAUGUACAAGUCUUAUAGGGCCUGGCAUGUCCUGGUGGUUAAGGCACUCAACUCGCAAGCUAUAGGUUGCUGGUUCGAAUUCAAACACCAAACAUGCUCACCCUUUCAGGUGUGGGGUAAUAUAAUGUGAAAGUCAAUCACACUAAUUGUUGGUAAAACAUUAGCCAAAGUUGGUGGUGGGUGGUGUUGACACUAGCUGUCUUCUCUCUAGUCUAUCACUUCAAAAUUAGAGAUGGUUUAUGCAUAUAUAGUGUUUGAGUAGCUUUGUGCAAGGUUGAAAAACAAACCAGUCUUAUAGCUUAAGUGCUCUUGAGCUUUUAAAUAUAAUAAUUUAUGUCUUAAACAUCAUGGUAGUGUUUAAAGAAAUCCCAUAUGCUUUCAAGUAAAUGAAUAAACUUUAUACACCAUCAAAACUUAGAUAAUAUACAGUUUCAAACAUUUUCUGCAUUAGAAACUUGUGGAUAAUGUAAAUAAUUAAAAAAGAAACAGAGUAAUAAAAUCAACCUCUUUUUAAACUAUAAAACAAAACAAUAUACGUAUAUAAGUAUGUGUUGGUUUUCUUGUGCACCAUAAAAAUGUUAAAACAUACAUUAAAGCAUAUGCAAUUUAAAAUCCUGAGCUGUAUGUAGCUAUACAAGCUUCAAAAACUUGGAUAAAUAUGACAAUACAUGCAAGUAUAGAGGUAAUGAAAAAGUCUUAUUAAUGAUUUUCACUUUCUUGAGGAGAAAUUAUUUAGCCUCUAAAAUAAAGAAAUGAAAAAGCUGGAUCUUCUGCAUUCAUGCAAGAUGGUAAUUAUAAUUAAACCACAAGUUAUCAAAUAAGUUAUUAAAGAUAAAUGUAGAGCUUGAAUAAAAUUAUUCAUUAUUUAGUACUCUUACUUUAAACAUAAUUAGGGCACUGAUGUCUAAGAGAUAAUUCAUUUAUACAAUGUAGAAAGUUAAGAAAAUUACAUUGGAACUGUGCUGUAUUACAGUUUUAAAAAAUGUUACGUGAGUACAAAAUUCUGAUCAUUAUACAAAUGUUUUCUUUUUUUCAUGUUGAACUUACAACUCGUAUGUUAAGAGUUCUGUAAGACUUUUUGUAAUUAGUUUACUUUUAAUGCAUAUUUUACACAUCAUUUAAUUGUUUACUCUUACCUUUUUGUUCAUGAAUUUAGUUAGAUAUUUACAUAGUAAUAAUGGAAGGGGUGUGGGCAGUGGUUAACAUGCUGGGUGUGAGACAUGAUAUGCUCCAGAACAUUCUUCACACUUUAAGCUGUGAGGCAUUAUAACUGUGACAGUCAGUCCUUCUGUUCAGUUAAGAAAUGCUACACAAGUAACAGCUGUUGUCAACUAGUUGUGCUCCCUCUGGUCAGCAACUCUUAAGGGCCUCUGACCUUGCAUGCUGUUCAACUGAAAAUACCAAUACUUUUACAGUGAUAGAAUGUUGCUGUUACCUCUAAUGAUUAUCUUACUUCUUUUAAAUACAAAUGAAAGAGAUUAUUUCCAUUUUUUGUUUUGUAUUAUAGGAAUGUAUGUGUAAAGUGUAUUUUCAACUGAACUAUAUUACACUAAAGAAUGUUUUUUUUUUAUUCUAUGAAAUUAAGAGAUUGAUGCUAACUUUGAAAUUUGAAUUUUUUAAAGUUAUAUGUUUUAGGGCUAAUAGCAAGGGUUCCGGUAGUUUUUGAUAUUUUUAGGUUUAGUGCCAUAACCACACUGACUGUACAGUAUUAUUAUUACCUUUAAUAGAAUGAUUUAAUGGUUUACAUUAUCAACACAUUUCUUGUAAAAUUUGUCAUGUAGUAUUACUCUGAUUUUAUGUAAUUAUAUGUAAGCAAUUCCUUUUAUCUGUAAUUACAUUUUGAAAUUCUUGUACUUACACGAACUUUUGUGCAUUUGUAUUUUGAAUUUUAGUGUUACACAGCACCAGAAAAGGGGAAUAUGAAUGUAAAAAAAUAAAGUGUUUUAUUAAAGGUUUCAAAAA